GAACCGCACUCCUCCAGAGUCCUUCGUUCUUAAGCUCACUCUAUCUCCUGACCCUGCUUGUGUUUCUUGUGUGAAGCAACAUGGGUUCCGGCGGCAGGUCAACGAGGCGUAAGGAAGGCCAUGCCAUCAAGCGCGCGCCAGCGGACAAGCCGCCGUUCACGCUAGCACAGAUUAAGAUGGCCAUCCCGCCACAUUGCUUCGAGCGUUCGUUGAUCAAGUCCUCCUACUACCUGGUCCACGACCUCGUCAUCGUCGCGGCGCUUCUCUACUUGGCGACGGCCGUGAUCCCGCUCCUCCCGGCCGGGCUGACGAGGGUAACCGCCUGGACGCUCUACGUGGUCGCUCAGGGCUGCGCGGCGACCGGCGUGUGGGUCGUCGCGCACGAGUGCGGCCACCACGCCUUCUCGGACUACCAGCUGCUCGACGACGUCUUGGGCCUGGUGCUGCACUCAAGUCUGCUCGUCCCCUACUUCUCUUGGAAGUUCAGCCACCGCCGCCACCACGCCAACCACGCCUCGAUGGAGAACGACGAGGUGUUCGUCCCCGAGCAGAAGGCCGUCCUGGCGUGGUACGCGCCCUGCGUCCGCAACCCCGUCGGCCGGCUACUGUUCCUCGCCGCGCACCUCACCGUCGGCUGGCCGCUCUACCUGACGUUCAACGCCAACGGCAAGGCCUACCCGCGCUGGGCCAACCACUUCGACCCCUACGGUCCCAUAUUCAGCGACCGGGAGCGCGUCCAGGUAUUCGUCACGGACGUAAGCCUUCUGGCGGUGUGCUUCGCCGCGUUCAAGCUCGCGUCGGCGUUCGGGUUCUGGUGGGUGGUGCGCGUCUACGGAGCGCCGCUGCUGAUCGUCAACGCCUGGGUGGUGCUCAUCACCUACCUGCAUCACACACACCAGGCGCUCCCGCACUACGACUCCAGCGAGUGGGACUGGCUGCGGGGAGCGCUGGCCACCAUGGACCGCGACUACGGAGUCUUCAACCGCGUCCUUCACAACGUCACCGACACGCACGUCCUGCACCACCUCUUCCCUGUCAUGCCGCACUACCACGCCAUGGAGGCCACCAAGGCGAUUCUGCCCCUCCUCGGCGACUACUACAAGCGCGACUCCACGCCCAUCGCCAAGGCCCUCUGGCGCGAGGCCAAGGAGUGCAUCUUCGUCGAGCCCAUGGCGGACCGCAAGGGCGUCCUCUGGUACAGCAACAAAUUAUAGCUGCCUGCAGGUAAUCAGAGAUGUUCCUGUCUGCAGCCAAGAAUUCAGCAUGUUAGUCACUUUUCAUGAUGCCGUUGCUGUUGUAAUGUUGAAUGUCGCUUCUGUCAUUGAUUUCUUCUUCUCGUCACCGUACCAGUGAUUGUGAUGUAAUAAUUGAAGGUUAAACACCGACCUAUAUAACUGUAUGUGAUUACAUGGGAAUGACCAUCUAAUGAUUUUGACGUGCAUCAUACC